AUGCCGGGACGGAAGACGGAAGCGAAAGAGGGGGAAGGAGAGCAAAAGUCCGAAUAUGCUGAGAUUACCUCAGUUCGUGGAGAGGAGAGAAGAGUGGGAGGAAUCAGGUCGAUGCAGACGGCGCGGCGGCGACGGGCUGCAAUUGAUCGAGACGAGACUGGGGGGGUCGAGAGGGGCGGCGGGACAGACUGGCGUCACUCUCCACCAAGAAUUGGGUCCAAAUGCGCACUGGCGGGGAUAUUCGGGCGGCAGGCACAAGGCACCGGCGCGGAUGCAGUGUACUACGUACAGGGCCAGGUACAAGGCAAGUGGGGUGUAGGAUCUGCUGAGAAAUCGGGGUAG